UGUAUAUCCUCGGCAAGCUCGUGAAAGUAUUCUUUGAAAAAAAGGAAAGAGAGAGAGACUUUCAGGGCAAAGGCGAACCAAGAGAGAGUCGCUCACUUGGAAGCAGCAGCAGUGAACCAUUUCAGCCGUGCAUACUCGGGACUCUUCUGUGACCCAGUCUUCUUCGUUGGUGGUGUCUCUCGAAGAAACCGGGAAAGCGUCCGACGCAGACACAGACGGGAGCGCAUGAUGGCCACCGCCGCAGCGGGUACGAGUACGCCGACCAAGGAGCAUUGGGAUCAGCUCUGUCGAGAUGUCAAGAGUAAUUUGUUGGCAGAGAUGGGCGAGGAGAGCUGGUAUCUGAUCAUUGCCACGGCUCUCACCGUCUCACCACGGCCAAACCUCCUCGCCGACUUCUGGACAUAUCUCACCACGAACGACCCGUCCUUCUCGACAGCCGACGCCCAAUCCCGCCUUUCCACACGCCUCGGCGACCUGCUCUUGAAGCAACUCACCCUCAUUGGCGCACCCCAAGUCCUCAGCGCACUUAUCCCUCUCGCCAAAGUCCAGACAGCCGGUCAGGGCGAGGAGCAAAGAGGCGAGUUGGACAUACAGCAAUGGUCUUCCAUAUCCCUCCCGCACCUGCACACCCGCGGCAUCGAAACUAUAACAUCCAUCUACGGUACCCUCUGGCCGCGCAUCUUCAGCACAUUCGGGCCCUAUCGGCAACAAAUGGGCCUGCACGAACUCACCGUCGUUUACGGCAUGUACCUGUCCGACUUCACCCACCUCACGCCGCUCGAGACGGAAGCCGUAGUGUACACAAAUAUCACGUGCCAAGGGCUCGCGGGCCCGAGUCUGUGGCACGUCCGCGGCCUCGGCAGAGUAUUGGGGGCGAGAGGCACGGACGACGACAGCGAGAAGGUGAGACGCGUCAAGGACGUUAUCCGCGGUGUCAAGGUUGCUGUUGCGGCCACCGUCGAGUUUGUCGGAGACGAGUAUGUCAGAAGGAGUAGGUUGGACGGUGGGAGUGAUGGCACGCAGGGCUGGCCGAACGUGGGCGACGUGGUUAGGGAGUUGGGAGGGUGGGGGAAGGAUGGACCUGAACCUGAACCCGAACCCGAAUCUUGAACUUGAAUAUCUUGGCAUCCAUCAACCGAGACUGUAUACCAGAGGCUCAAACGGGAAAGGUAGCGAGAAGAUUGGAUGGUAGGAAAUGAGCCUGUUGUCAGAUAAGUAAUUGAAGGGAAAGAAAGCCGGUGCAGCUUGCGAACUAGUGAUGAACGAUGCAGCAGGGACGCGGAGUUGAGUUGAGGCAAGGCCAUCAGGGGGUCUCUGGCGAGGUUAAGACGAGAAAGUCGAGCGCCCUUGCCUAGUGUGACCAGACUCAGUGCGACAAGAAAAGCCGGACAAGAGGAUGCACCAGGACGGAGAGCCGAGAGCUGUAGGGGCAUUCGUCGUGACGAGCCUGGAUUCUUUGGGGAGAAGGAGCGCUAUAUACCUCCAGCCCACUAACGUAGAGAUGGCAGUGCAAAAACCAUGGUACUCUGCAUAGCAAGUAUAGAUAGACUUGGGGAAUGAUUGUCUUACACUCGCUGGCUCGCUGGGAGGUCACGGGUACAACA